AUGUCCAAGCCUACCUUGUUCAUCCUUGAACAAUCGCCCAAGUCCCAAUUCCUUGUGGCUCUUGCCCAAUACUUCGAGUUGGACAUUGAAGUCAGCACUGACCUUCAGAACCCUCUCUUCACCAAGUCGUUCCCUUUGGGUUUGACUCCCGCUUUCAUCGGUGAGAAGGGCUACAAGUUGACUGAACUCCACGCUAUCUACCAAUACUUUGUGUCUUUGAUCUCUCAAGACGUUUCCAGCUUGUUGGGUAAGAACGCUAAGGAAGCUGCUCAAGUGACCCGCGUGUUCUCCCUUGCUAACGACGAUGUUGUGUACUCCGGUUUCCCCGCCGUGUUCAUGAUCACUGGCAAGGCGCCUUACAACAAGAAGCUUGUGGACGAAAAGUUGGCCAAGUUGAACAAGAUUGCCGAUGUUCUCGAAGCUCGUUUAACUACCCACACCUUCCUUGCCACUGAACGUAUUACCUUCGGUGACAUCUCGAUGGCCUUCUGCUUCGCUCCUUUCUUGGCCACCGUGUUGGCUCAACCUUUCGUGAAGUCGCACCCCAACUUCCACAGAUGGUUCAAGACUGUCACUGCCCACCCCAUUUUCGGUGGUAAGAUGGACAAGUUUGAAAUCCCUGCCCAACCGUUGGCCUACCAACCCCCUAAGAAGGAAAAGAAGGAAGCUGCCCCCAAGGCUGCCGCUGCUCCUAAGGCUGCUCCUAAGGAAGCCGCUCCCGCUGCUGAAGAAGCUCCCAAGAAGCCUAAGCACCCUCUUGAAGCUUUGGGUAAGGCUUCUGCUCCCUUGGACGAAUGGAAGAGAACCUACUCCAACGAGGAAACCAGAGAAGUGGCCAUCCCCUGGUUCUGGAAGAACCAAUGGAACCCUGAAGAAUGGUCGUUGUGGAAGGUUGACUACAAGUACAACGACGAGUUGACUUUGACCUUCAUGUCGAACAACUUGGUUGGCGGUUUCUUCAACCGUUUGUCGGCUUCGACUAAGUACAUGUUCGGUUGCAUGGUUGUCUACGGUGAAAACAACAACAACGGUAUCACCGGUGCCUUCUUGGUCAGAGGUAAGGACUACGCCCCCGCUUUUGACGUUGCUCCUGACUGGGAAUCUUACUCGUACUCCCCCUUGGACCCUUCGAAGGAAGAAGACAAGGCCUUCAUCGACAACAUGUUCGCUUGGGACCAACCCGUCAUUGUCAACGGUGAAAAGAGAGAAAUUGCCGAUGGUAAGGUGUUGAAGUAA